AAGAGAUCUCUGAUUCAAACAGCAUGACGAACCGGAAGGUGGUGAUGCCGGAUCCUGUCCCAUCUGUCGCGGUAGCCGUAGUGGCGGACCCGCUGGUGCUGCUCCCCUACCCGCCGCAGCGCAGCGGCUCUCCGUCGGCCCUCCGGAAGAAGCGCCUCGUCCCGGUCGAGCACAGCGGAGGUUCGGCCGGCGGGUGGUUGGAGUCCAUGAAGGCUUCCUCUCCCACCCACGCUAAGUCUGCCGCCGCCCUGGCCGCUGCGCCGGCCUUGGAGUACGAGCAGCUGGAGCACGCCGCGUGGACUAGGCGGCACCCCUCCGCACUGAGCGAGUUCGAGAAGAUCAUGCAGGCCUCAAACGGGAAGCAGAUCGCGAUGUUCUUGGACUACGACGGCACCCUCUCUCCCAUCGUCGACGAUCCCGACUCCGCUUUCAUGACGGACGCAAUGCGAGCCGCCGUGAAGGAAGUCGCAAAGUUCUUCCCCACGGCGAUCGUGAGCGGCCGGUGCCGGAGCAAGGUGUUAGAUUUUGUGAGAUUAACCGAGUUAUACUACGCCGGAAGCCAUGGCAUGGACAUCAAACUCCCUAAGAACGCCAAACACACCAAAAAGAAACGUGCUGUUCUCUUCCAACCAGCAAGUGAGUUCCUCCCCAUGAUUAAUGAGGUCCACAAAAAAUUGCAGGAGAGAAUCAAACCUGUGGUUGGAGCCAAAGUAGAGAACAACAAGUUCUGCGUAUCUGUCCACUUCAGAUGUGUUCGUGAAGAGAGUUGGAAGGGAUUGGUGGAUGACGUUCUGUCAAUGCUCAAACAAUUCCCCAAGUUAAGGAUGACUCAGGGAAGAAAGGUGUUGGAGAUCCGCCCCACCAUUAAGUGGGACAAGGGCAAGGCCGUGGAGUUCCUUUUGGAGUCACUUGGUUCUUCUGAUUGCAAGAAUGUCGUGCCAGUCUAUAUCGGAGACGAUCGGACUGACGAGGAUGCUUUCAAGGUCUUGCGUGAGAGAGGAGACGGAUUCGGGAUCCUUGUAUCGAAGUAUCCUAAAAAGACAAAUGCCUCUUAUUCCUUGACGGAUCCCUCUGAGGUCAUGGAAUUCUUGCAAAGGCUGGUGGAGUGGAAACAAAGCAGCUCCAUGAAGAAUUGGAUGUGAAGUAGUGAGAGCUCCAUAGUCCCUUGUUUCAAUCAGUACAAGGAACACAGAAAGAUAGUUCUAACUAUUUUUUUUUUAAUGCAAGCACUCCAAAAGAAGAAGAUACAAACAUGCCCCCCUAUUAUUAGAUAGGAGGAUUCAUAAAGUCAAUCAUACUUAGUAGGAUAAAAACUUAGUCGUUGUUGGUUGUAUGUUAAUGUUUUUCUGCAAGUAAACUUUAACUAUGCUGCAAAAACAAUAUAUG